ACAAAGUUGGAGGGUGGGAAAGAAGGCAAGGAAAUGUCAUAUUUGAGUGAAUGUAGCUGAAAUUUGUUGGCGGAGGAAGAGACGGUUGGUGGUGGGUUGUACUCGCCGUCUAACAGCGAAAAAACAAAAACAGAGUUUUAGGGUUGGUGGUGAAGAAGAACGAACAUACAUUAAUUUUUUGUGUUUCAAAGAUAAAAUCUUUUUGAUUUCUCAUCAAAAGGUUUGUUUUCGAGGAUUAUUCAUUAGAGAAUUUAACAAGGAAGAAGAUCAAUAUUGGUUCUGUAAUUUGAUAUUUUAUCAGUAAAAAAGAGGAAAUUACUAAUAUCAUCUGAAGAAAUUUGAGGAUCUCAAGGUUUAUUUUUUUUCAAUUUUUCUCGAGUAAAUCGUAAUGGGUUUUUGGAGUUAUCGAUAAAUGGUUUCUUUCUACUGUUUCAAGGUGCCUCCUGUUGAAUGAAUGAAUGAAUCCAGAAAACAAAGUUUGAAACAUUUUUUUGUCGUUUUAUUCAAAUUCAUUCAAUUUUCUCUUCUUCCAUCCUUCUCCCACCACCACCAACGUUUUCUCAGGUACAGAGUUUUUAAUGCAAUUUGUUAUCUCGUGAGAAGAUUCACAGAGAUUUCCUUGAUGAGAAUCUAACGGCUGAAUUUGAACCGUACUCUUUUAGAUCUAAUUAAAAAGGAAAAAAAAAACCUUAUCCAAUUUCAUUUCCAAAAAAGUUUAUCAGAAUCAAUUCAGCUUCUGUCACAUUUUCUGAACCUAAAUUUUACAAAAAUACAUCUGCCCAGCUAACCCCAGAUCCAUAAUUUCUCACUUUCCUCUCUCUUAAUUCCUAAAGUUGGGGUUUUUUCUCCUUUUCCCUCUCCAAAAAGCUCUCAUUUUUCUGUAACAAUCUUCUUAGUUUCAAUGUCAUUCAAGAGUAUUGUGAGAGAGCUGAAGGAAAUUAGAGAUGGGAUAGGUUCUAAAAGAAGUGGGGGAGAAGGGAAAAGAAAUGUUCAUAAGAAUACUAAUAAAUCUCAUGUUCAUCAUUUAAUGGUGGAUGGAAAUACAGAACAACAACAAUCUGGAUCAUCAUCAUCAUUGUUAAGAUCAACUGAUGUUAUUCAACAGGGUAGAUGGGCAAAUCUACCACCAGAAUUGUUACUUGAUGUGAUUCAAAGAUUAGAAGCAAGUGAAACUUCAUGGCCUGCGAGACAACAUGUUGUUGCUUGUGGUUCAGUUUGUAGGUCUUGGAGAGAUAUUACUAAAGAAGUUGUUAAGACACCUGAACAGUCUGGUAGACUCACUUUCCCUAUCUCAUUAAAACAGCCGGGUCCUCGAGAAUCGCCAAUACAAUGCUUCAUCAAAAGGGAAAGAGCAACAUCUACUUAUCAUCUGUAUCUGGGUUUAACCCCUGCAUUGUUAGGGGAGAAUGGGAAAUUGUUGUUUGCUGCUAGAAAAGUUAGAAGAGCAACCAGCACCGAUUUUGUGAUAUCUUUGGUGUCUGAUGAUUUCUCUCGGGCAAGCAACACGUAUAUUGGAAAACUGAGGUCCAAUUUUCUUGGAACCAAGUUUACGGUUUAUGACAGCCAACCUCCAUGUGACGCAGCAGUCCAAUCGAAUUGUCGAUCAAAUCGAAGAAUCCAUGCCAAACAAGUAUCUCCCAGAGUUCCAGCUGGGAAUUACAAUGUAGCUACCAUCUCUUAUGAGCUUAAUGUUCUCCGCUCCAGAGGACCCCGUCGUAUGCAGUGCACAAUGCAUUCGAUUCCCAUCUCUGCAAUUCAGGAAGGGGGUACUGCCCCAACACCAACCUCAUUCCCUCACUCACUGGAAGAUCAAUUUUCUGUCCCAUCAACUUCAAAACCCAAGGAGCCUCUCAUCCCAUUCAGCUCCACCAGCCUAUCAGAGACCCCAACACUACCAGGCGCAGGAGACCCGCUGGUGUUAAAGAACAAAGCCCCUAGAUGGCAUGAGCAGCUACAGUGUUGGUGCCUUAACUUUAGAGGACGUGUAACAGUGGCAUCAGUUAAGAAUUUCCAGCUAGUGGCUGCUGUGGAGGCUUCCCAUCAGGUUUCAGCGGCAGAGCAAGAAAAAGUUAUACUUCAGUUUGGAAAGAUAGGGAAAGAUAUCUUCACCAUGGAUUAUCGUUAUCCACUUUCUGCAUUUCAAGCUUUUGCAAUCUGCUUGAGCAGUUUCGACACAAAACCUGCCUGCGAAUGAGAGUCAUAGCUCAGCAUACACAUUUUCUUCUACAAGAUAGUUUAUUAUAGAUAUACGUUUCAGCAGAAGCUCUUCCGUGUAUGUUAUUUAUCAUCACUAAGUUUCUUAGCUGCGCAGGCGUUUAUUUGUUUGAGCAGUCUUACCCACAAAGUGUCCUGUAAGUUACAUUUCUCUUUAUCAGAAGAUGUGGUUACUUUCUCUUAUCCGAAAUCCUCUCAUCUUUAUUUA